UUCUUAUGUUAAACCAGGUCCUUCUCUAGUACCGUUCAAUCCACAAAAUAUUGAGCCAGAGAUGCCAAAUCAGGUGGAUCACCCACAGACCUAUUGGCCGCCUAUAGGCGGCCAUGGCGGGGCUAUGGAUGAUCCAGAUAAUCAGAAUUCAGCUGCAAAAUUAUAUUUUGACGACCACGGUAGCGAAAAAGUAGGCGAGAUCUUCAUAUGAAACCAAGGCACCAACGGCACCUUGCAAGUACAGAAGGAAUUUCUUGGCAGACAGAUCACUGGCUUCGGCGGAGGCUACGACAAGAUGUUCGUACUACAAGAAGGCGAAGGGUAUGAAGGCACAGUGAGUCCUCUACACAAUAUUGGGAAGGAAGAAGUGAUACAGGAGCAAACUGAAGUUAUGCUUGAUGGUGAAGGUGAAGGACAGACACCUGAAGGAGAAAAAUAUGAAGAAAAUUCGAAGAUUGAGGAGUUUGAAGGAGAUCCUAAUAUCCAAGAGUAUCAAAACGAACAUGAGAAUGAUGGAGAAACUAAAAUACAGAGGACAAGAGGAUCAGGAAGGUCUGCUUCAGGGAAUGCUGGUGAAAGAGCCAGGACUCCAGGUUCUAAAUUCGAAAUGGGCAAUACAAGGACUUACCAUGAAGGAAGUGGACAUCUCAAGCAAAUUGUCUCUGGCAAGAACCAUAUUAUUCAGCUAUCCAGAGAUGGUUAUGUCUCUUCCUAUGGAAAAGAUGAAUUCUCUGUUUCCGGCCACGGAGGCUCUAAAAUUGUUGAUACUCCUCAAAUUCUAAAGCAUUUGUCUGACAAAAGAGUUAUUCAGAUAGCUUGUGGAGAAAGCCACUCAGUCAUUCUCACAGAUAAGAACGAUGUAUAUACCUGGGGAAGAGGCUACGAAGGACAGCUGGGUGUGUCUAACUUAGUAGAAAUAGCAUCAAAGCCUAAUUACGUCAAAGGGUUCUUUAAAACCCCAGUAAUUUUUGUAGCUGCAGGAGCUCUCUAUUCUCUUGCCAUCACAUAUGAAAAUAAACUCUAUGGAUGGGGAGAAGCAAGAUUAGGACAGCUCGGAAUCGGGACUAAGACCCGGAUAGUUAAAACUCCUGUGCAUAUUCCAGUUGAAACUAUUAGAGAAGAUCCUAACUCAAUGAACGGUAGCUCUUACAAAGCCGAGGAUCAACAUCAAGAAAUUGAAGAGGCUAGAAUAGUGUAUUGUGCUGCUGGACUUGGCCACACAUGAGCUAUUUCUGAUCGCAAUGAACUGUACACAUGGGGUUUUAAUAAUUGUGGACAGCUUGGGCUUGGAGAUCAAAUCACUAGAUGGUCCCCAGUAAAGGUUUUACAAGAUUCAAAGGGAAAUAGAAUUCCUCCUUUCAGAAAAGCUGUUUGUAGUUAUUACAGUACAUAUGCUAUCACUGAGAAAGGAAAGCUAUAUUCCUGGGGUAAGGGAUAUCUUGGACAUGAAGGACAAUCUAUAGAAUUUCUCCCAAGAAGAGUUGAGACUCUUAAAAGAAAUUUCACAGAUAUCUUCUGCAAUAAAGAUAUGUUUUCAGUAUACUCACCUAUUAAAGUCACAUCUAUUUUCCCGAACUGAGGGCCAGCACAAGGAGGCACUACAAUCUCAAUUGUAGGUACUGGGCUGGUCGAUAGCGACAAGUUGAAAGUCAGGUUCACAUUUGGAAAUGUGUACAAGGAGAUGUUCUGCUCAUUUGAACCAGGAAACGAUUCUAUCUAUUGCCAAACACCUUCAUUUGAAGAAUUUGAAGGGCAACCAAACUCUUCUUUAGAACUCCCUUGUAGAUGAGUCAUUUCAGUAACAACUGAUGGAGUGAACUACUCAGAAUGCGAGGAAGAAUUCGUGAUAUAUAACAGUAUUAAUGUUGAAAGUGUUCAACCGAAGUCUGGAUCUGUGCAAGGAGGCACAGAACUAAAAUUUGAAGUUAAUAACUUAGAAGAUGCUGGAGAUAAUCUUUCUUAUUUAUUAGUCGGCUUUUACCCAGCUCCUCAGAAGAGAAGAGCCAAUCCUUCAAAGAGAGAGCUUAUGCAAUCUACUAUAACUAAGAACCAAAGUAUGGAAGACCAAGAAGAGAAUAAAGGAAAAGGUCUCAAUGCCUCUCAGCACUCUUCCAUGGUUGGUAGUAAUAAUGCUGCGAAUGAUGAAACUGCUCAAAAUAUAGGUUCAAAGCCUCAAGAUGAUGAUAUCAAUACAGGAAAUUGGGUCUGUGAAGCAGGAUAUUACAAAGAUGGCCUAAUAUGCUGUAAAGUACCAUUCUUGGAGAAAUUUGAUCCCAGUAAUCUGAGGUUUAAUGUUGAUAUUGCUUUGAAUGGGCAACAAUUCACUGGACAUCCAUUAAAGUUCAGAUAUUAUGACAUCAAAAUACAUGAAAUUGUGCCCCCAAAUGGACCAUCUGAAGGAGGUACGACCCUUCAAUUAGUUGGAAAAGGCAUGUACCAUUCCUCAAUCCAACGCCUACGGUUCUCGGCAGUGAACUGUAGCAGAGAAGUUGAGGCUACCUGGAACAGGAAGUCUCAAUCUAUCUCCUGAGUAGUUCCUCCUCUUACCUGGCUCUUUGGUGGUGAGGAUGUCUCUGAAGAAGAUACCAAGAAAGUCCUGGACUCUGGAGUCAAGGUAGAGUUAACCUUCAAUGACCAAGAGUGGGUCGAAGUGCCUACCUUCAGAUAUCAUAAUAUCUCUAUCUCUCAUUUAGCUUAUGUAAAUAAUUUUGGUGAAGAGUUAGAGACUGAAGAAGAGAAGCAGAAACUCUGGCUUAGCGAAGAACCUAUCGAACAGCCUCCAGCAGAUGCUGAAGAAGAAGAGAUCAAGAAGUGGGAAGAAGAUAAGGAGAAGAGAAUUACCGAUGAGAAGGAAGAAACCCUUAAUUCCAGUAAGAGAAUUGGAGCUAAGAUGUAUGUACAUGGCAAAAACUUUAUCAAAGCAGGCAAUAAUUUAGUACUAAAGUUCACUCUUGAUACUAAAUCAGCCGAGGUGCAUCCUAUCUUUAAGAAUAGUGAAAAACUCGCCUUUGAAGUUCCUGACAUGGGAGAGGAAUUCGAAGUAGGACUUCAUACUGUAACCGUUGAAGCAAGUGUCAAUGGACAGAAUUUUACAAGUAAUGGCCAGACCUUCCAAUGGAACCAGAUCGACAGGAACAUGUCUGAGGAAGAACUCAAAAAGCUCAUGGAAGCUGAAGAGAAAGCCAAGGGUAAAGGUGGAAAGAAGAAGUAAAUUAUUAUUUGGAGAUGAA